AUGGCUCCAGUCGAUAUCCUUUCCCGUCAAUCGAGUUCUUCGGGAUCGUGCAUGGGCGGCGGUGCCAUCGCGGGCAUCGUCAUCGGCUCGAUCGCCGGCACGCUCUUGAUUAUUUGGCUGAUCAAGACCUGUUUCCUGCCCGGAGCACCCGGUAACAAGCAUCCGGACACUUCGGAUAUCGUGUACAGCCAGACGACGCCCACGCGACGGCGUAGGAGGGACUAUCGGUCUGGGCCGGACUACAUCGAGAAACCGAGGUCGCGGACUAGGCGGGGGAGUGAUGUGGUGAGGGUGCAGAGGCCGGAGAGAGUUUAUGUAUCGUGA